UGCAAGUGGUCCGGUAGUGCAAUAAACUGGGAUAAAUGUGUAGGUCUGUGGCAUGGCACCUGGGAGGCAAUGCCAGAUUUUUUCGAAAAUGUGAAAUGGAGGGACGUACCCACAAAGUAUCUCGGGGUGCCACUAGAGGGAUAUAAAGAUCCAGAUGAAUAUUGGAAGGACGAAACAGAAAUGCUGAGAGAGAAAGUAAAUAAGUGGGGAGGGAAACACUUCUCGAUAUUCGCCCGGUCAACAGUCUGCAAUAUCUUUUUAGCAGCGAAAGUUUGGUACGUGCUUCAGGUGCUGUGCAUGAAUAGGCUAAACAUUCAGAAGAUACACAGAAUCUUUGCCACUUUUGUUUGGGGAUCCCAAUGGGAACGCACGAGUCGUACAAAUCUUUUUCGAUCAGUGAGAGCUGGUGGGCUGGGAUUGGCCCAUUUGUUUUUAAGACAGAUUGUGUCGAGAUUUACAUUUCUACGAGAUCAGAGUCAUCCAUUCCUGCGCACCAUGUUACAAAUUAGACUAUGCUGUUAUUUACCUGAAUUCAUUGUAUCGACUUCUUGUGCAGGGCGAAGGGGUAUACGUGGUUAUCUGCGCGAAGUAGUAUCGGCGUUCAGUAUAUUAAAGGUUCGUUUUUCUCUGCAGUACUUGUGCGAAGUUAAGAAAAAACGGCUGUAUCUUAUCGACGUAAUGAUGCCAGAACCCUUGUAUCGCACCAUGUAUGCAAUCGGGCCCGGAAAAGAUGUCUUUAAAAGAAUCAAAAGAAUGGUAGUACGGCCAUCAGCCAAGACAUUUUUUUUUCAGCUACAUACUGGUACGUUGCCCGUGAAACCAUGGCUAGAGGAAAAGGGCCUAUUUGUUCCGUGGAGUACUAAUUGCCUCUUGUGCCGUAAGCCGGAAAGUAUUGAUCACAUCUUUUUGGAGUGUUGGGAUGCCGUAUUUCAUUGGGACAUCCUUCAGCGAACUUUAAAGAAAGACCUCCCUAUAACACCAUACGGUAUUCGUUUUCUGCCGGUUCAGUGUGAAAGUGGCAUGCCGUAUGAUAUGUUUAUGUUGUUGAGUAUGCACGCAAUUUGGAAGACGCGUAUGGCGGUGAGGCAUGCGGAUGUAAACGCACGCCCAGCCAGAGAAUACUUUAUAGAAAGUAUAGCUCACACCAGGGAUGUAUAUUGCGCAGGCGAAGAACUGCAGCCGGAAUGACUACCCGUUCUGAAUGACCUCAUGUCAUUAUUAUCAUCCCCACGUCAAACAAAGCGUGUUUGACGUUUUUAAACAUUUUUCAGUGUCAUUUUUUCUGUAAAUGCGUUUUGUUCCGUUGUUCUUUGCACGUGCUGUACCAAUCAGCGAAUAAUAAAAAAAAAAAAAACGUCGGCUCGUUGGUCUAGGGGUAUGAUUCUCGCUUAGGGUGCGAGAGGUCCCGGGUUCAAAUCCCGGACGAGCCCGUUAUUAUUUUUACUGUCUGUCGGCAUAUAAAGAAAUCUUUAAAUAAAACCAAAGAACAUUAUCCAUUCU